CAGCCAAUCAUAUCGUUCUGCGUCGCCGCCAGCAACCAUGCAGCGCCGCCGAACGCGCCUCGCAGUCCUCCACGAGCUCCAAACCGAGUGGGACCAAGCGAUCGCCGAGGGUACGAGUCGGCUCACGCAGAUCGCCAACGCUCUACAGAAGGAAACCUACGCGGAUGGCGAGUCCUGGGGCGUGCUCGCCGAGGCCACGGGGCUGCACACGGAGCUGCGCCACAAGCUACAGCGCGAAGCGCAUUUUGUCCAACGCAACCUCUCGGUGCUCAUUGAUCGCUUGGCCGAGGUUGUGGCGCGCAUGCGCCACCUGUGCGGAUACGAAGCCAUGCCGUCGAUCGAAAUCGUCCAAGUCGAUCCGGAUCCGAGCGCGACGCUUUCUACUUUUCAAUCUGAAGCCUACGUGCGCGAGCUUGUGCACAUGUACGAGGCCGAGCUUCUGGCAAAGACGCUUCUCGUCACCGACGUGCUCGACUGCGCCGGCCACAACGCGGCGCUUCUGUACGUGGCCUCGUGGCAGAUGCAGCCGUUCGUGUCCAAGGCGCGGGUCGCAGAGAUAACAGCGCUCUUGACGCUGGACGCCAACCCAAAGAAGCUUGCGCCGUCCGCGAGCCACAAGCUCGUGCGCUAACACUUUGAAAAAGCUGCGAAACUGCGAAACAACGUGGGCUAGUAUAGGCGUACCGUAGAAUGGACGUCGCGGGGCUUCGUGCUGCCACGAGUCCAUGCCGGCGUUGCAUGGAUGCGGCACGUUCCGAUCCUGUUCCUCCCGCGUCUCUAGCGCGUGCGCCUCUGGCCGACAGAAACAACCCGGGCGCGCCAGGGACAAGGGGUGCCCCGGCCAACCCCGGCGUUUCGCAGGCGGCGCCGACAGCCUCGUCGUACUAAUGGCUCGCCCGUCCAGCGCGCACCCAUUCGAGGUAAACACGAGGCCUGCGACUCGCGUUGCACAUCGGCCUUGAAGUCCAAGGAGCUUCAACAAGUGCACUUUGGACGCGUGACACGGCGCUGUCAACAUUCGGAAACUCACUUGCUCUUUGUAUGUGCCUGCCAAUCGCAUACAAGGAGGGCCCCGGGGCACCGGGGCGAGAGUGACUCACAGCGCUGCAACCUCGGCUUUGUCGGCUAGUGGGUGCGAUCGCAAACACUAAAUACACGCAACUCGUGGCGCUG